ACACGGUCUCUGUAUGAGCUGUUUUUCAACUCUACUGUCACAGGGAUCAUCUUCACAAGAUACUUUCUUGAUCUGAUCUUCAUAUUUAACAUCAUUUCACGCUUUUACAUUGGAUACGAAACUCAUGGAGUGGUUAUAACAGACCCUAAAAAAGUCCGGAAGAAAUACCUUAGGACAUGGUUUUUACUGGAUCUCUUGUCAGUUUUACCCCUUGAAACAAUAACAGUGGCUUUCUCUAAGUUUAAGUUUAUGCAGUAUUCAUAUGCCAAUAGAUGUCUGAGAGUGUUCAGAUUGUUUGGUAUAAUAUCCAUGUUCAGUAAGGAACCAGACACCAACAAACUUCAUCUUACAGCGUUUAGUUUUUCCAUCAUGGUCCUAUGUAUACAAGCCUCAGCAUGCCUCUGGUUUCAUCAGGUGUGUUAUGCAGCUUAUGCUGGUCAUGUAAGGUAUUGUCCCAAAGCGGAGAACUGGUUGCAGCUACUGCCAGAAUUUUCAACCAAUUCUACAGGAAUUACAGACAUGGAGUUCUAUGCUACAUCACUUUACUGGUCAACUAUCACACUGUGCUCCAUAGGCUAUGGAGAUAUACAUGCCACAAAUUUGGAAGAGGCCACAGUUGCAUCAUUUGUGAUGGUGCUUGGAUUGCUUUCCUUUGGGAUCAGCAUGUCUAACAUGAGCUCAGUUAUAACCAACAUGGUUACACAAAGAGGAAGAUUCUACCAUAGAGUGGAUGCUAUUCUUAAUUACAUGAGACAAAUGGGAUUAUCAGAGGAAAUCCAAGAGUGGGUGCACAAACAUUAUUACAAUCUUUGGUUCCAUCAGAAGGGCCGCAACAUUGCAGGAUUUAUGGAUGAUCUUCCAUUUGUCCUGCAUUCAGAUGUUUCAAGUUGUUGUUACAAAACUGUGAUUGAAAAUGCUAAGUUGUUCAGAAAAACAGAAGAUGGCUUCAAAAGGGCUUUGUCGCUGAAAUUAAAAACCUGCACAUAUAGUCCUGGACAAAUUCUGGUUAAAACUGGAGAAAUUCAUCAGAAAAUGUAUUACAUUCAGCAAGGACUUGUACAGGUUAUUGGUAAGAAUCCUGGGAAUGAGAUUGCAAAACUGCUACCUGGCUCAUUGUUUGGAGAGGUCCAUUUGCUGUAUGAAAUCCCUAGAAAUGUUACAAUGUGUGCAUUAACAAAAUGUGAAAUUGUCAUUUUGGAACGCAAGGAUUUGCUUUUACUCUUUGCCGACUACCCUGAAGCUGCUGUUGAGAUUUCCAGAGCUGCCAAGAAACGGCUUCAAAAUUUCAGGCAUCCCGUACAAGAAGCAUGUGCAUAUGGAGUUGCCUCUGUCCCACAAAAUGCUGUAUUUGAAAAGGACCAGAGCACCAACCUUGAAACAAAGGAGCAGAGGAUUUUUGGAGCAUCCUUGGAAUACGUUUUAAACCGGCCCCAUCAAAUUGACUCUUUUUGGAAGAGAACUUUCCACCCUGAAAGUGCUUUUGUAAAAGUCUGGAGGUUCUUUUUCUUCUGGUGCAUCACUGUUUCAGUUUUCCUGGAGAUAUGGGUGGUUUUUUUCACCAGCAAUUCAGAAUCCAAGAAGCUUUUCAGUGAAGGCUGGGGUACCAUUUACCUCGCAGUGAAUGUCCUUAUUUACAUUGUUGCUGCAUUUGAUAUACUAAUGAAUCUUCGCACUGGAGUGCUUAUGGAAGAUGGAAAUGUAACAGAUUUAGCAGAAAUAUUUCAAGUCUAUCGAAAGUCUUGGAACUUGUAUUAUGAUGUCCUGGCAGUUUUACCCUUGGAUUUGAUUGUUUUUGCUUACGGCAAUGCAGAACAUUGGGCAAUUUCAGGCUUAGUCAGGCUGAAUAGACUCAUUUGGAUUCGCAGGAUUUAUCAGUAUUUCUGCCAAAAACAAAGUGACAUAUAUAAGAACCUAUUUGAAGAAAGGACAACAAAAUGCCUCUUCCUCUUGAUUUUCACCGUGCAUUUUUGUGCUGGCCUAUUGUACCUGUCAGCCUGUCAUGAAGAAAGGUAACCUUUUAUUUACUUUUAAUGUCAGGAGGAAUCAUGGGCAUGGAAUGCUGGACUUAAAUCAUCUCAGUCCAAUUUUGAACAUUAUGUAUUUGCAGUAUAUUGGACAAUUACGACUAUGACAAGUGUUGGAUAUGGAGACAUUGUACCUGGCUCUUUGGUAGAACAAUGUCUGGCAGCAGUUGUUGGUGUUGUUGCUUUGCUGGUUUUUAACUAUAUUAUUAGCCAACUUUCUGCCACACUAUCUGGUGAAAAUGCUAAGAGGGUGGCUUUCCAGAAUCUUUUUUCAGAAAUGCGUCACUUCAUGAAGCGACAUGACCUCACAGUUUUUCUACAGAACAGAGUCAUGAAUUAUAUGAAUCUCCUGUGGUCCAAAUAUCAAGGUGAAGCUUUUCCAGGAGGACCCUUUUUAAUGCAUGACUUGCCAGUUGAACUCAAACAGAAUGUCCUCAUGGCAGAGAGAGGGGAGCUUCUGUCACAGAUUCCUUACUUUGCAGAAGCUGCACAGUCAUUUAUACGGGACCUUGCUUUAACUUCGGUUAUGUACUUUUUUCCUAAAGGGGAAAUUAUCCAGUACAGUAAAACUAUUACAAGAGAGCUCUUUUGUAUUCGGAGGGGAACAUGUGAGAUUUUGAAUGAUACUCUUUCAGAAGUUGUUGGACAUUAUCAGAAGGGAAUGCAUUUUGGAGAGGCAGGUUUUUUGUUUGGAAAACAAGCCACGUUGACAGUACGUGCUGUGACAUGCUGUGAAAUUGUAGUUAUUGAUUUUGACAAAAUCAGAGUACUUCUUGAGAAAUAUCCCCUGCUUAAAAGGCAAAUUACAGAAUUCCAAUCAGAGCCAAAAUGCUACACGACAUUGGUGGAGACUGCAGAGAAAUUAUUGAAAAGGCAAUCCCAUCUCCAAGAAUCUGACAUUGCACAGAGACAAAAAGUCACGUUGGCAUUUCAGGGCCGUAGAUUUUCCAAGAAGACAAAAUGUUAUGUGGAGGACUUCGGAAACAUUCCAAUGUAUGCUGGAUCAGAGGAAGAAACUGUUCCAAUGAGACGAUUCAAACGACAGAGCCCAAAGACUUUAAUGGGGCGAAUAACAUAUUUCUUCUUGUCGUCAUGCCCAUCAACUUUCCUAAUGAGGAAAGCCAUUUUGCCCAGCAGUGCAUUUUAUGUAAGAUGGGAAUUUUUCCGGAGCAUGUUAGCAGUCACUGUCAGCAUCAUUACCUCGUUGCUUAUUGCAUUUUUACACUUCAGAAUGGACCUGUGGAUUGUUUGUUACAUACUUGGAUUAUUUUGUUGGGUGGACAUUUAUCUUCGCAUGCAUGUUGCUUUCUAUGAAGAUAAUGAUCUCAAAGUUGACACCUUGGAAACAGCACAUCAUUAUGUCAAAACCGGGUUCCUCGUGGAUUUCAUAACCUGCUUUCCUUGGGAACUUGUGGGAUGGAUUGUGAUUUCACCAUUCAGUGAGAAUGGAUUUUAUGCCAAUAAUGAAGCAUUACAUCAUUAUGCAUACUUAAGGAUUCCACAUGUUUUCCAGUUAUAUCGCAUUCCCUUUGCAUUUUCAUUCUUGCAAGCUGACAUUGCUGCUGAAAGGAACAUCAUUACUGUUUUGAUGAUGUUGCUAUAUUCCGCUUUUUCCGUGCACUUUGCCACUUGUAUUGCCUUUGCAAGUGCAUGCCCUGCAGCAGACCUUCAUGGUAACAUCAGUGAUUAUUUUUUACCAGUGAUAAAGCACAAUUGUACACCAUUGUCGUGGGUGGUACAUGUGGACAAAUCAUUUGAUGUCGAUUUUGGUACUGUUACUUUCCAGCAGUUGUAUUUAACCAGCAUGUACUUUGCAACCACAACAAUAUGUGCUGUUGGAUUUGGGGACAUCUAUCCAUCUCUAAUGGCAAUGAAAAUUGGCAUGACUUUCAUCAUGAUUGCUGCGAUGCUGUUUACUGGCUGGUUAUCAGGCACCGUUACUGCUAUGUUGGCGAACAGAGACGCUAUGAGAGCUGCUUACACAGAGAAAACUGAGAGCAUGAAACUGUUCUUGAAGAGCCACAAAAUAGCUGGGACUUUAUAUGACAGUGUAGUUAGAUUUUACGUAUUUCGAUGGAAACUCACAAAAGGAUUUGACCAGGAUAAACUGACUGAGUAUUUGCCAUCUUCACUAGUUGGUGAUAUAUCAACAGUUCUUUAUGCUGAUUUUAUAGGAAAGGUGUUUGGUCUUAAUCUCCAGAUCAAGAAAACAUUAGAAUCUGAGACACGUCCUUUGUCUCCUGUGGCAAUCACCAAAGCAGGGAAACUCAGUGGACCAUUUUUUGAGACGAUGUUAACAAAGGAGUGUCUGGAGGAGUUAAAAACUGAUGGAUGCUUCAUUCGCUUAUUAGCCAGAAGAAUUUCCCAAUCCCUGUUCAGAGCCGAUGAUCUCAUAUAUAAGAAAAAUGACUAUGGAUCAGAGAUGUAUUUUAUCCACAAGGGAGAAGUGGAGGUUUUAUCAAAGGAUAAUACAGCAGUUCUUUUCAAACUAAAAGCUGGACAGUAUUUUGGUGAAAAAAGUUUGCUAUUGGGAGAACCAAGAGCUGCCACAGUAAGAGCUGCAACAAACUGUGAAUUGUAUGUGUUAUCGAAGAAAAGCCUUGAUGAAGCACUGAUGUAUUACCCUAGCAUUUUCAAGCAGAUGCAAAGUGCAGCUGAUGAGAUGAAAUACCAGUUACACAAAGGAGAUCUUCAGAUAAACACUUUUAAAAAGCCUGGAUCUGCAGGAGAGACUUUCCUUCGGACUGGAUCUGUAAAACUGUAUAGAGAACACAUGGCUGAGGAAGAGCACAGAGCUGAACUCCGUUCACGUUCUUUGGGCACUAGACUAUGUACAUCCAUCUCAUCAGUGCUCAUCCAAUUCUUCUUGAAGAUUUUCAACAAAAUGAGAAGAAUUCACAACAAAACCAUUGAUCCUGAGAGCAAUUUUCGAGUGAUCUAUCAAUACACAUCCUGUCUGCUGAUCACCAUUUUUUUCUGGGCAAUAACAUUCAUGCCCACUGUGUUUGAUGUUGAAUAUUAUUUAUUCAUCCUCACAAUGGGUGUUGAGUUACUUCAGAUAAUUGAGAUCUUCCUGAAGUUUCGCAUUUGUUAUUAUGAUGACAGUGGGACCUUUAUUUCAGAAUACAGAUCAACGUCCCGUAACUACAUGAAGAGGAAAGUGGGAUUUGUCUUUGAUAUGGUCUUUUCAUUUCCAUACGGCCUUAUAAUUUUUCACCAGAUGAAAAGGGAUCCGACAAAAUUCCUGCCUAUGCUUAUUUAUGUCCGGAUUGCACACUUGCCACGCAUUAUUUCACUCAUACUAUUUAUGUGGAAAGAAGAACAAUCAUUAACAAACAAUCUUCUGUUGAUUAGGCUGAUCAAGUACUUCGUACACUCCUUCCUCUUUAUCCACUGUGCGGCAGUACUCUGUGUUUCAUUCGUUGAGAGUCAUGGAAUAAUGUCAUGGGUUGCAGAAACAGAGUUCUAUGACUUCACCGAAAUGUAUAGAUACGCUACCUACUGGAUAUUACAGAUUUACACAACAACAGGCUAUGGUGACAUAACGGCAUCAAACUUUGGAGAAAUGAUUGCAUGUGUUAUGAUAAUGAUUCUGUCUAAAAGUCAAGUGAUUUAUAAAAUGGGACUUCUCGUCGCUGCACAAACAAACAAGAUGACACUGCAGGAAGCUUUUGAGGAAAAACUGCAGACUAUUCAGGAACACAUGAUGCAUGAGAAAGUCCCAUCUACAUUACAAAAUCGUGUGACGCAGUUCUACAGUUAUCAGUGGAACCGCACUAAAGGGACAUGCGCAGAGGUUUUGUUCAAAGGCGUCCCCCGCUGUUUGAAAAUGGACAUUGUGUCAAGAAUCUGCAUGCAGCAUUUAAAGAAGCAUCAUUUAUUCUCCCACCUAAGAGAAGCUGUCAUGAGGGAACUCUCCACCAGAAUUCUCUUCCGCUGUUUCCCUGUUGGAGAAUUUAUCUACAGAAAGGGAGACAUUGCCACUGGAAUGUACUUGAUAUUAAUUGGCAAGGUUAAUCUGUGCCUGGACAAAAGAGGUAGAAACGUCUUUCAGCGUCUCUCUGCUGGAGCAGCUUUCGGUGAUCACUUUUUACUGGAACGUAAACACUCUGACACUGCCAUAGCCACAAACUACGUGGACAUCGCCAUGCUCUCCAAAGACGCUCUGGAAGAUGUGGCUCUCUUGUGCCCGUCUGUUGGCAAACUGCUCAAGAGAGCUUCUGAAAUGCCACAGCUGUAGUAGUACACCUGACACACUUCCUUAUUGUGACCGAUAGUAGUUGAGCGGUGGUACGUUUGUUAGAGUUGUUAAGUGUGACUUCAAGUCCACUCUGCUGCUGGAAGAUAUUUUGUUCUAAUGGAGUGUGACUAUUAGGAGUUUAGUGCUGAUAUUGUAGUUUUUGUAGUGUGAUGUUAAAUAGUUAUGUUGUAAAGCUUAUUAUUAAAUGUGACUGCAGGUUGAUAGUGCUUAUAAAAGCUGUAUUUUGUUUGUCAUUUCUAACUGAAUGUAGAAUCUGCUAAAUUAAGUUUAAGGAUAUUGUUAUAUUUUGUAAUGGCUGAGAAAUGUAAGUGCAUAAGUGCUGAAUACCUCUAAAACUGAACCUAACCUGCUUAGAAUCGUCUCUGCCUAUUAUUAAU